AAGGCUAGCUCAUCGUCGGUGGGACAAGAAGCAGGAGAGCCUCUUUCGAGCGCACUCCAGCGGCGACCGUGGGAAAGUGUUCUGGAGCCAGCCGGCGAUGAACCUCUUUCCGUAGAGGGCGAGGUAGAAGGUACCUGUACUACAGAUGCACAGGAAGCGGGAGAGAGCGGUACGCUCUCGCUUUCUGGCGAAGCCAAGUGCUGCGGGCCAGAACUCUCCGAGCCAGCUAGUGCUGAUGGUACUGCCGCCGAUAUGACGGUAACGCAUGUAACAGGUGCUUCUUCAUGCCUAGUAAUCCCGGAUAGUGCACACCAACCUGUAGUGCAAUUUCCACUGCGUACAUACGGCAAGCAACAGUGUGCGUUUUGCUGUUCGUGGUAUAGGAAGUAUCUGUGGUUGCACUAUCAGGAGGCAGGAGACGGUGUGAUUUGCUUCUAUUGUCUAGUGGCAAAAAAACAUGGAUUAAAAAGCUCUGGAGUGGUUCGCAAUAAAUCUUUCGAUGAAACUUUCACUAAAACCAGAUUCUGCAACUGGAAAAAGGCUCUUGGGAGAUUCGAGAAGCAUCAAAGCUCUCUCGCUCAAUGUGAUUCAAUGCAUCAGGUUGUUGGUAAAAACAAAGAUAAUUAUUGUUGCAAUUUUCAGAAAAGAAUAUAAAUAAAAAAGUGUGUAGCUACCCAAAUGUACGUAGUGCGACUGUCUUAUUUAACGGACGUUGGUGUGCGUAAUUUUGACACUAAUCUUCCCCCAUACAUUUGAUUACAAGGGCAGCCCAGGCACAGACUACUCUUAGAGUGAUAUAAAGUGUGUCACAGUUGGAAUAUUUUGCACUUGGCUAUUAACUACCAUUAUACUCUUGAAGAGAUUAGAUGAAUGAUUAUUUAUAAACACUCAAACAAUGUAUUUUACUAUUUCAUGAGUAUAAUUAUGUUAUGGUCUCUAUUAUAAUAUCUACGCAGGAAGGAACCACGGCCUUGUUCGUUUCAUAAUGUUAUGACGUAUUCAUACACAAUGGUCUCCUUUGUAACACAGGAGAGAACCACAGCCUUGCUCGCUGCAGGAUGGGAAGGUCACUCGGAGGUGGUGAAACUACUGCUAGGAGCUGGGGCCAGAGACAUUCCUAAUAAGUUUGGAAACACUGCUCUGAGCGAGGCCAGAGCCAACAACCACAAUCAUGUGUUACAGUAUCUACUGCAACACCAGCCAAAGUGAAAAGUAGACACUCUAGCACUGUUGCAAGCACAUAGUUAUUCCACUUCAUAUCUCAUACAUAUUAUGCUCAGAUUUGACUCUUUGUAAUUCAUGUUUAGGCUUCUUACUAUGUAUGUGGAUGCAACAUUUCAUCACCCUUCUACUAUAAUAUUAUACAAAAUUCCCUC